UCGAAGCUUGUGUCGCUGUCAGUGCUCGGAGUCACACGGUUUGUCUGCCUGGCAUUGUUGGGUACCGCCGCUCAUGAUUUGGAGCUUUUACAGAAAUUGAUGAAUAACCCCUGCAUGCUUAUCGCAUGGAUUGAAAGCCACGAUCCUGAUGUGAGGGGAAGAUCCAGAACAGUGCCGCUUUCUUGAAUCCUGACACCCAUACAACUCCUGACAAUACCCAUUCCAAGUAUCACCGAAAAACUGUCAGAACACUUGAGCCAUGCCCUGCGUUCAGGCUCAGUAUGGAUCAUCACCUCAAGGAGCUAGUCCUGCUUCACAGAGCUACAGCUACCACACCGCCGGAGAAUACAGCUGCGACUUCUUAACACCUGAGUUUGUGAAGUUUAGCAUGGACUUGACCAACACUGAGAUCGCAGCUACUACUUCUCUCCCAAGUUUCAGUACAUUCAUGGACAACUAUAACACCAGUUACGACGUUAAACCGCCCUGUCUGUAUCAGAUGCCCCACUCUGGAGAGCAGUCCUCUAUCAAGGUGGAGGACGUCCAGAUGCACAACUACCAUCAGCAGAGCCACCUGCCACCUCAGUCGGAGGAAAUGAUGGCUCACUCUGGGCCAAUGUAUUUCAAACCCUCCUCGCCCCAUGCCCCAAGUACACCAAACUUCCAGGUUCAGCCUAAUCACAUGUGGGAGGACCCUGGCUCCCUCCACAGUUUCCACCAGAACUAUGUAGCGGCCACGUCUCAUAUGAUGGACCAGCGCAAGAAUCCGGUGUCAAGGCUUUCGCUCUUCUCCUUCAAGCAGUCCCCGCCCGGUACCCCUGUUUCCAGCUGUCAGAUGCGGUUCGACGGGCCGCUACACGUCUCCAUGAACCACGACAACCCCGGGGUGCACCGUGGCCUUGACGGUCAGAGCUAUGGGGUGCCCAGCGCCCUACGGAAACAGGCUGGUCUGGCUUUUCCUCACUCCCUACAGCUCGGCCACGGGCACCAGCUGGUGGACAGCCAAGUGCCAUCGCCCCCGUCCCGAGGAUCUCCGUCAAACGAGGGUCUGUGUGCGGUAUGUGGGGACAACGCAGCCUGCCAGCAUUAUGGAGUGAGAACCUGCGAGGGCUGCAAAGGAUUUUUCAAGCGCACCGUUCAGAAAAAUGCAAAAUACGUGUGUUUAGCAAAUAAAAACUGUCCUGUUGAUAAACGCCGAAGAAAUCGUUGCCAGUUCUGCCGUUUCCAGAAGUGCAUGGUCGUCGGAAUGGUGAGAGAAGUAGUCCGAACGGAUAAUCUGAAAGGUCGGAGAGGACGCCUCCCAUCCAAACCCAAAAGUCCACAGGAGCCCUCCCCACCUUCGCCGCCGGUGAGCCUCAUAAGCGCACUUGUUAGGGCCCAUGUGGACUCCAACCCCUCCAUGUCUGCUUUGGACUACUCCAGGUUCCAGGCUAACCCUGACUACCAAAUGACUGGAGACAACACUCAGCACAUCCAGCAGUUCUACGAUCUCCUGACGGGCUCCAUGGAGAUCAUCCGGGGUUGGGCGGAGAAGAUUCCCGGAUUUUCUGAUCUACCGAAGCAAGAUCAAGACCUCCUCUUUGAAUCCGCCUUCCUUGAACUUUUUGUCCUGCGGCUGGCGUACAGGUCCAACCCAGUGGAAGGCAAACUUAUUUUUUGCAAUGGAGUGGUGUUACACAGGCUACAGUGCGUCCGCGGAUUUGGAGAGUGGGUGGACGCUAUCGUGGACUUUUCUUCGAAUUUGCAGAGCAUGAACAUAGACAUCUCAGCUUUCUCCUGCAUCGCAGCUCUGGCCAUGGUAACAGAGCGACACGGGCUUAAGGAACCCAAGAGAGUCGAAGAUCUCCAAAACAAGAUAGUCAACUGCCUCAAAGAUCAAGUGACAUUCAAUGGCGGUGGAUUGAAUCGUCCCAACUACUUGUCAAAACUCUUGGGAAAGCUCCCUGAACUGCGCACACUAUGUACACAAGGUCUGCAGCGUAUCUUUUACCUAAAACUAGAAGACCUAGUCCCUCCGCCAGCAAUAAUUGACAAACUUUUCCUCGACACCUUACCUUUCUAAGUCUGACUCGACUGCGAGACCUCAAAGAACUUCCAAAAGACUUGACUGAGUCAGACUUGACAGAUUUCUAACGAUAUUAUUUCUGAAUAUUUGCAAGCUCCGUAGGCUUAUAGAACAAAAGUACCCUAUUAUGAGAUCCAUGAAAAAAAGAAUAACACGAGGAUGAGAGAGAGAGAGUUUAAUUGCUGUGUAGGCCUUUUAAUUAUUUUAUCGCCAAACGAGUGAAUCAUCACGGGGAAUUUCUCUCCGGUGGACAAGUUGUCAACAAAGUUAAUCCAGUUUUACAAUCACUUACUGUUUAUUUAUUUAACAUCGGCUCUACUGAUUCAACAUACUCGUAUGUAAUAUAUUCCAUUUAUAUAUAUGAAACCAUAAGAACACACACUCCCACGCACACACGCACACACACACACACACACACACACACACACACACACACACACACACACUGUAUAUUACGAUAGAAUAUGUGAUGCCUCCAAUGCAUCGGUUUAUAACACGUGUACAAAGUUUGUUAUAAUGAAAAUAUUUGAUUUUCUUUUCUUUUCUGACUCGUGCCUAUGUGUUUCUGACAGGAUCCCCAAAAGUAUCCAGAAAAGACAACGCAUGUUAUAGUUUUCCUUUUUUUUUCCUUUUCCUUUUCUUUUAUAGGCACUUGCUGAGGUGAUGUCUAUAUAUAAUAUAUACCGGACACUAUGUAGUCUGCUAGAUUUGAUACAGAUUCGUAGUUAUGGCACUCCUUUUAUGUAUGACGCAUAUGUGGAAAAAUAUCUCAUCUGUAUAGAAAAUGAGGGACCCAUGGUGUUUGUAAAACUGUCAGACAUUCCUUGUUUGUAUGUGCUGUAAGUAUUGUUGCUGUUGAAUAUAAACGUUUCUAUAUAUUUAUUAUUUCUAUUGCCAAGAGCUACACUAAGCAUGGUGCAAUUUAAACGAUUUCAACCCAUCCAAGUUCAUGCUGAGCACGUUGUCUAUGUUUUAUGUCUUAUAAACGUCAAGGUAGUUAUGAUUUAACACGUUUUGGAAAUGAAAAACUCCCAUCUUAUAUCAAGAGGUUCAUGAGUGUGUGAUAUAGGCCCACAUCUUUGACAUCAUGAUGUACUUACAACUUCUGUAACGCAUUUGGUGACGAAUUCAAAAAACUUUAGAGAGAAAGAAAUAUUUAAUGUUUACAAAUAAAACUUUUAAAUCAAUUCUUUGCUAAAUAAUUUCUCUGAAAUUAAUGUAUUUUUUAAAUUAAGACAUUUCUGAUCGGAUGGAGCUACUUUAGCACGAGAGAGAGAGAGAAUAUAAUCUUGGAGUUUAAACUUGUUGUAAUUUCCUUAUCUGUUGUAAGCAGCGCUUACAGGCCUAUUUGCGAAAAAUCUAACAUUUGAUUCGGUUAUUUCUUUUAACAUCUUCCUUUAACUAAAUGUGAAAUUGUGUAGGCCUAUUUUAGUUUAAAAAGUAAGUUGUUGCGUUUAAAGCAUGUGGUAAAUAAUGUGCAGGCCCAUUCCCGUUUCAUCUUAAGUUUAAAUUCUCUAUUUUGUUUAGACAAAAAUAUGUUGCACAUAUUUAUUAUUUGACCAUUCUAAUAGUGUUAUUUAAACCUAAACUUAGUGAAUAUUUCAGUCAUCAAAGUUUCAUUUUAAUGCACUUCUAAUUUGGGUAACACCUUAAAGUUUUCUCCAGCAUGGGUGUCUAUAUUUCCUAUAUUUGAAAUGUGAAAAAGACGCUUUUAUUAACACAUCACAGGCUGUUAAAACCUCGUUUCAUUCUCUAAUGUCUAUUUGUAUUUGACAAAGGAACAAUAUACAACGGAUUAAAUAAAGAAGUCUUAAUCUUUUGCUUGAAUCCCAAAUAAAGUCACAUUUCUAGCGAACAAUUUCAUAAAGAACAUCGGAUUUUAUUAUGAUCCCUUAUGUGUUCCUCUGGAUGCUCUUUGCUGGUGCGAGAGUUAAUGCAAAUAAAGGUUUAAAGUUGUUUUUCUGGAUAGACUUUCCUUGUUGUCUAAUAGUAAAAGGAUUAAAAAUG